AUGGCUCUUCCUAGUGCUGCUGUCCCGAUUCUGGACGCUGCCAUCAUCCACGAGAAACCGACUCCGACCGCUGCAAAGGUCGUCCUGACCGCCGCGAACAAAGACGAAGUUCGCGUCGUCGCUCCCCACGAGUACAAACAGGCCGCUGCAUGUCUGGCUGAGGCGUUUCGACUCGACAACAUCGUCCGCUACGCCAUCGAUACCCCGGACCGCAUGCAUCUGUCCGAAGAGGAGCGCUUCGAAUUACACAAAGCCUCCAUGGAGUAUGUCACUUAUGCUCACUGCCUCCAGGGAUUGGUUUUGACGGUUGGCGAGAACUUCGAUUGCGUUGCUUUGUGGUUGCCACCAGGCAAGAAUAUUGAUGACUGGUUCACCAUCCUCCGCAGCGGCAUGUGGCGAUUGAGCUGGAAGCUGUCCAAGGAAGGAAAGGUGCGGUUCUUCGAUGAGUUCCUGCCCCUGUUGCACCAUACUAAGCAGGAAAUUUUGGGAGAGAGGGACAACAACUCCUGGUAUCUGAACUAUAUCGGUACCAAACCUGAGGCACGUGGCCGUGGUUAUGCCCGGAAGCUGAUUGAACAUGUUACGAAGAUGGCUGACGCUGAAGGGCUGCCCUGCUACCUGGAGAGCUCUCAUGAUAUCAAUAUCAUCAUCUAUGGCAAGUUGGGCUUUGAGCUUCGCAAGAACAUUUACUUGCAACGCGCUGCGGGCAAGGAGCUGAGAAUGGAUGUAAUGGUUAGAGAGCCAGUUGAUCCAGAAAAGAAGGAGGAGAAUGCAAACACAGGACCAGUGAAAUCAAAACAUGUCUGGUGGUUGAUACAAGCCAUCUCAUUGUUGGGAAUCACCCUUUACGCAUUGGCGAACUGGUCAUAUACGGUCGCCGCCUUUACGGAUCCCGGCUCGCCCUUGAAAUCUCCGGCGAAGUCCUCAGACAGGAGUCAGGGGAGAUACUCAAUACUUCCUACUCAUGAACCUCAUACCGACGUAAGCCAGAUCCAGGCCAUCACGGUUUCGUCGACGGGUGCGCCCAGAUUCUGCAAAAAGUGCCAUACUCCGAAGCCUGACCGGACGCAUCAUUGCUCUACUUGCAAAAGAUGUGUGUUGAAGAUGGACCAUCACUGCCCAUGGCUGUCCACCUGCCUGGGCCUGCGGAACUACAAAGCCUUUGUACUCUUCCUCAUCUAUACGUCUCUGUUCUGUUGGGUAUGUUUUAUCAACGCAGCAUGGUGGAUGUGGAAGGAAUUGUUCGAGCAAAGCGGCUACCUCGACGAAGUGGCACCUGUCAACAUUAUACUCCUUUCCGUCAUUGCCGGGAUCAUCGGUCUGGUACUGAGUGCGUUCACCGGUUGGCACAUCUAUCUCUGCGUGAAGGGCCAAACUACCAUUGAAAGGCUCGAGAAGACGAGAUAUCUGAGUGGUGUCAGAACUCUCGUGGAACGAAAUCGCCAGGAGCAGCGAUUGAACCAUAGGAGACGCAGCUCCGAAGGUGUUGCUGGAAGGUUGCAGCGAGCCGGGGAGCAGUUUCUUGAAUGGAACGCCAAUGCCGUCCCUGGGGCGUUACGGUACGAGGAAGGUGAAGAACAUACUUCGCCCGUCCCGAGUGUCUAUAACACAACACAUCAUGGAGCCCCAUAUUCUCAGGGUCAAGGUCUGUCCGCCGAUGAUCACCACCAUCACGCCAAUUCCAACGACACGCCCGCCAUUCGUGCAUUGCGAAGGACUUACUCCCAUAUGGAAGCCACUCGCGAGCGUGAAAGAUAUGCACAAUAUCUAGAAGACCAAGAGUCCGAGAAAAUGCCUAAUGCAUUCGAUCUUGGCUGGCGUCAGAAUCUUAGUCACUUGUUCGGACCUAAUCGGUUACUCUGGGCUUUGCCAAUAUGCAAUACAGUGGGUGAUGGAUGGCGGUGGGAAGUCAGCCCGAAAUGGAUCGCCGCCCAGGAGGAAGCGGCGAAGAGAAAAGAGCAAAGGCUGGCGGCGAUGAUGGAUCAUAAUCAUAAUGCAGGAGCUAUGGAUGGAAGCGGCGAUCAUGAGUAUGCGUAUCAACGGUAUGAGCGGGACCGAGACCGCGAUUAUGUCAAUAAUCAUAACGAAACCCACGAAACUACCGUGCCACGGGUUGGGAACGACGACAUGUAUUCCCGCAGCGACAUGUCCAUGAAGCAUCUACCUCCAAAUCAAAUCAACUUGUCCUCGACGACGGAUCAAAGCAAGAGAAGACAAAAGAGGGACUUUGACCAAAACGAACCUUUCGAAGUCAGUAGUGCUGAUGAAGCCAGCGACUCGGAUGUUGGAUAUGACAUUGGAGAGGACGAAGAUGACGCGGAGAGGGGUUGGAUCAGGAGGAACCGUGCAGGCAGAGUAAGAUGA